GCACUUUCUGCUUGUUGAGUUGUUUGGAUUCCGAUUUUUUUUACAUUAAUCAAUUAGUUAAUUUAUUUAAAUUGAUUGAGUAUUUUUCUCUUCAUCUCUUUGUUUUAAUCUAUUAAUUGUUAAUCAACAAGACACUGAAUAAAUUGAACCUUUUCUUUUUUAUAUCUUGUGUGCUUAACUGUUGCUUCUAAAUUGGUGACAGUUACAUUUUACUCUUCAUCCAUUGAUUUAGUUGUUUCUCUUUUUUUUCACUUUUCUCUCUCUCUCUCUCUCUCUUUCUCUCUAUCAUUGAUUCUUUGUGUGUUUCCUUGUUAUGUAUUUUCCAUUUCUACUUUCUAUCAAUUCUUAAUUUAAUUUCAAUUUGUUCAUUUUUCUAUCAAUUUCCAUCAUUCUUACAGUGUCAAUUAUUCUCUUCUAACUUAAUAUAAACCCUGACAUUCUGUUCUCUCUUACUCGUUCUCUAUCCUCUUAUCCCUUUAAAUUGAUUCUUUUUCUUCUUCUACCUGUUCUUUUCUUUCUUAAUUAUUCUUUAUUUCUCUCUGUUUAAGUUAAAAUUGUUUAACUUCAAUUUUAUUCGAUGGCAACAGUUUCAAAUGACAAUCUUCUUGAACUUUAUCUCAAUCCAACCUAUCUAUUUCCAUUGAUUGGUGUAAUAAGCGGUUUAACGGUUUACCUGUUGGGAUUUAAUAAAACCAGUUCAACUCCACCAACACUUCAAUUAUUUGCCAAUGGAAAGGAAAAGAAGACACAAUUAAUUGGUAGAAAAGAAAAGAAACGUGAUAAUCUUAAUUCAACAUCGAUUACCAGUAGUCCGGCUAAAUCGAAAACCCAAGCCAAUGGUAAAUUAAGCAGUUCUAAAUCAGCAUCUCCUGCAACUAAAAAAGGCAAAAAUGUAGAAAGUCCUAAAAAUGUGAAAGCAAGUUCAAAGGAUAAAUCGUUGGAUUCUGCAAAGGUUAAUGUUGGCAAGAAGAAUAAAAAGAACGCAAAUGAAAAGGAGAACGAGGUUCACGAUGAGAUCGACCAAAUGUUGAACGAUACCAGUGACGGCGAAUGGAAAAUUGUCACCGGUAAAGAGAAAAAGAGAAAGGAUAAGAAAGACGAGCCCGAAAAGAAAGAAUCAUCAAAGAAAAAAUCUAAUGAGAAAAAAGUGGCUGAUAAGAAAGUUGCUGACAAGAAGAUCGCUGAUAAAGAGAUGAUCAAGAAAGAAGUGGAAAAGAAAGAGGUGCCCAAGAAAGAAGUAUCUAAAAAAGAAGUAGAAAAAAAGGAAUUGCCUAAAAAAGAAGAGAAGAAAGAAGUAGAAAAGAAAGAAAUUCCCAAAAAGGAAACAUCGAAAAAAGAAGCUACAAAAAAAGAGACAAAAAAACAAUGAAAUUAACUUAGAAUUAGUCUUCAUAAUCAAUUGAUAAGCAAAUCAGAUCAGAAUCAAUUAUUUUCUUUGGUCCAUUCUGAUUAACUCUAUUUUUCAUUAUUGUCUAUGUUAUAACUAUUUUAACUCUAUCUCUUCACGACUCAUCUCAAAAAAAAACAAAAAAUUUUCUCUCGGGCUUAAUGUUGGGCGAACGGAUUUGCGAAAAGACAAGAGACAGAAGCCAAUUAUUGCCAAAUUAUUUUCAACAAUCAAAUCAAAUUUAUUUUCCAAGUGUUGGUCUGCAAAAUUGAUAAGCAAAACCCCAUACACAUUGAAAGCAAUCAACCUCUCGUCUAAAAUAUUUUUAAUAUAAUUUAAUAUAAUCAAUGUAAUCAUCAUAAUAGACUGAGUGAAGACAAUUAAGCCAAUCACAAUCAUCAUCCAUUUUACUUUGGUCAAUUUAACAACAACAAUUAAGAUUUCUUGAUUUUCCUUUGCAACGUUAUCCACUAAAGUUGAAACCGAUGAUUCCAUUACCUGAUUAUGUGUUUUAAAAGCUGCUAACAACUCAAAUCGACUCAAUCAAUUGUUUUUCUACAAUUAUCUGGCUAAUUUAUCAACUAUUUCCAAGAUGAUUAUUUUAUUCAUGGCUUAAUCGAUAAAGUCUUCACAAUUAAUAGGAACAAAGGCCCGACGAUAACCUCAAUAAUUUAACUAAAGCUCAGUUACAUUAGUUGGAUUGGCCAAAGAUUCCAUGUCUCCUGAAGCUCAUUGUGAUGUUUUUAAUUAUAUUACAUACAAUUUGUGAUGGUUUCUUUAUAUUCUCAAUAUUAUGGAAACAGUGAAAACAAAAAAAAACUCCAACCCUCUUGAUUCAGCUGAUUAAUUUGUAAAUAUUUUAAUAGUCUCUCUAUUUCUCUCUCUCUUCUCAUUCAAUUUAUUUUGUACACAGAUGAAAAUUCAACCUUUCCAAUCAACUUGAUCAUUGUGAAGUUGAAAUUUCAAGUCUUGUUGAUUAUCAAUCAAAAAAAGAGAAAAUUUCCAAUUGUUAAUCAUAUUCAAUUUCUUUCAAUUGAGGUAAAGAUUGAAUUACAUCUAGUGAACAAUUAGCACCUUCCUUAUUCCUAAUUUCAAAUCAAUAACUUCCAACAAUCAUAAAUGACCAACUAAUUUCCAAAAUUAUCCUAAACAACAAAUGAUGUAAAUUUAUACAACUAAUGUGUUUAAAUGAGAGAGCAAAAUUGUCCAUUCCAUUGUUAAAUCAUUAUCAGAAUGAAACCUAAUUGUAAACCUAAUUAAUAUGUCACACAGAACAACAUCAACAAAGACAAAUCAAUCCUAAUUAUGUUUGGUAACAAUUAGUUAUCAUGAUCAAAUUUAUAUACAAUUUAAUCAACGAAAGGGUAAAAACGAAACAUGUGAACAAAAAAAAAAUCCCAAUUUCCUUUUCCUCUUUUCCUUGUCUUAUAUUUUUGAAACAACAUUUGCAAUCGUAACUAAAUCAACUUAUCAUUUCAAAUCAACAUGGGACUUCAACAACAACAACAACAAUCAAAUUAAAUAUUGAUCAACAAAAAUAAUAAUAAAAAACUACUACAAAUAAAAAUGAAUUUUAAAUGAA